GCGCUAAUGAUGAGAGCACUGGAGAGAGUGAGAUGCAUGUACGCUUGAGAGGGGGAGAGCUCACGCACGCACCUAGGAUUGGGAGAGCACAUGCGCCCAGAAUGGAGAGGAGCAUGCGCGAGAGGAGGGGAUGUGAGAGAGAAACCCUGUAUUCAAAGAAAUACUGUUGCAAUAAAGAUCGUAAUUUGACCGCACAUGUGUUUCAGGUCACUCGUAACAGUGGAAGAAUUGUCAGGAAGCAAUGCAGCAAAAUGAACCACAAUCCUAACAGUCACAGAGCAUUGCAACCUCACAGGGUUAGUGAGGCCACCAGAUACGGGCUGAUCACACCUCAAAGUGUGUCACGCACACGGUUUGGUUCAGGAACCUCUGAGAGAAGAACCAGCUUCUUUGGAAGAAGAACAAGUAGCCUUGGAACAUUUUCUGCAAACCUAUAUGGAGCAUGUGGAGGCACGGAAAAGAUAAAAGAUCCUAGACCGCUUCACGAUAAGGCUUUUGUACAACAGUGCAUUCGACAGCUUUGUGAGUUCCUCGGGGAAUGUGGUUAUCCACAUUCUAUCUCGACAAAGAGUCUGCAAUCACCCACUACCAAGGAAUUUCUGAAGAUCUUCUCCUUUUUGUAUAACUUGCUCGAUCAAUCUUACCAGAUGCCUGAUUCAAAGUUUGAAGAAGAAAUUCCCAGGAUCUUUAAAUCUCUUGGGUAUCCCUUUCCAUUGUCAAAAAGCUCAAUGUAUACAGUUGGAGCUCCCCACACUUGGCCACUAAUUCUCGGUGCAUUGGUUUGGCUGAUGGACCAUAUUAAGCUGAUCAAUUCCGUUGAUCCGGAUAAGAUCCUCUUUGGUGCCGAUAAGGACUGGGAUGUAGUAGAAACUGUGACGAACGAUGGUGUGCAUAAUAAUAGGCUGUUCAUUGACUAUACGAAUAAGUGUUAUUCACGUUACCUUUCUGGCAUAGACGACUAUGAAGACUUGAACCUUGAGAAUUUGACUUUGCUGAAGCAGCAUUUUGGGGUGGAUGAAGCCCAGUUUGAAGCUGUCACUGCAGAAAAUAGGAGAUUGACAGAGGAGCUGGAAAAGCUGGAGACAGAGAAGCAGAAUGAACCGGGCAGGGUUCAGGCACUGGAGAAAACCAGAACAAGUUUGCAAAAGGACCAACAGAAAUACAAGAAAUAUCUCGAAGAAAUGGAGCAGCACAAAGCUCUUCUGGAGCAGAAAGCAAAAGGGAUCAAAGAUGAAAUCGAGUCUGCAGAGCUGGAGUUAGAUGCAGUUAAAGAGGAGAACAACAAGUUACAGCAGAUAUACGAUGUACAGGAAGUCUCAGCUGUUGAUGUUAAGAAAAUCAAUCAUGAGAAAAAUGAACUGCAUCAGACAAUAAUUUUCCUGAACAAAAGCCUUGAAGAUGCAGAAAAAAGGAUGUGGAAUGAAGAGAUAAAAGUGACAAAGGCCAAGGAAAUGCUGGAAAUCAGACUGCAGGACUAUCAUACGAUGGCUCGGAAACUCAAGCUAAUUCCUAAAGCAGCUGAAAAUGCUCAAGCACAAAACUUUGAGAUAAGCCUUUUGGAUAUUGUCUCUGGGAAAAGGACUUCACAAAAUACUGAAAAAAUAAAACUCGCCAUCAUGAACCUACUGAAGCAAAUAAAUGAUGACAUUGAACAUCUGAAGCACAAGAAGAUGAGUGUGCAAGAGGCCAGGGAACAGGUUCAAACCAUGAUAGAUGACAAAGCAAAUGAUCUGAAAAUGUUAAAAGAACAAAUCCGAAAAGUGGACGAAACAAUUGAACAAGAAAAGGAGGAAGAUGAUCGAAAAACAACAAAACAAGUCAAGGAGCUUGAAUCUCUGGAAAACCAAAGAAAACGGUUGCAGAAGCAUUUGAAUGAAGAAUUAGAUGAAGCAAUUGGACAACUGAAAAUCGCUAAAUACCAAUCUGAUGAAGUGGAGCAGAAGACCACAGAAUCAAAGAGAAAAAUAGUAAACAAGUUACAGUUGUGCUUGGAUACAAUGAGCCAACAUGUCACCAGUGUAGAGAACUAUCUUGUGGAUUAUCAAAAAUGUGCCACGAGAGAUUAUGAAGAAUCCUUGAAAGACGACUUUUUAACAGACCUGAAGUCCAUAACAGAAUCAUGCAAAGAGAUGAGCAGCUCUCUGUGAACUGUGCAUAGCCGGUUGACAGCAUUCUUGAUGUCUCUUGUUUCUAUAUGUACAAUGUACAUUAAGAAAUAAUUUUCCACCAUUGCAGGAGUGUGUUGCCUUCCACCUGAUCAAACCACUAUUGACUGAGAUGGUGAGAAGCUUGACUCCAACAUAAUCUCUUCCAGGAAGCCAGUACAUUUCUGGAUUUGUAAUAUUAUCAGGGUGAAUGUGUUUUCAGAUAUAGUCUUCUUGUAUCCUGCUGGAGCAACUUUGGAGCCGAGGCUUGGUUUUUCUGAUUGGUUUUUCCAUUCAGUCUAAAUUUGACCCAUGAAGGUAAUCAAUCUAGAAUUAUGGAUACUUAUUUAGUGUAGAUUAUAUAUGAAUAACUCUUAAUGCUGAUUAUUCAAAUCCUCAAAAAAUGUGAUUCUUAAAUUCUAUCUCAAUUACAGAUUGUUUUAAUUAAAAAACUGCUUUAUUCAUACAAUGAGUAACCAAGCCCUCCAGCCCGGGAAGAUCUCUGGUUCAAACCCCUUUUUAUAAAGUUAGCUGAUCUCUUGGGGCAAGUAGGAGUACUGCAAUUUGGCCAGGUUCUGGGGGAGGGAGGUAAUCUACUUAAUUGCUGUCCAGAAUCUCUGAUUUUUAAUGAGGUUAACAUAUGAUUGGGUUCAGUUAUAAUUGAAUAUCUGUUGUAACUUGCUGUAUAGAAUCGCAUUUAAAAUACGGCCACUUGAGAAAAGGUCAGUCAAUACUCAGCAAAGGAACAGGGCAGAUAAUUGGCAUAGAAAGAGAGUAGGGAAAGUGGUCUUCGGUUUGGCAGCAGCUAGCUUGUGUGAUUUUCAGGAUUUCCGGAUUCUUUUGACUUAUAGUCCAUGUAUCUAGAGAUGGCCUGAAGUCUCUUUGCUGCAGCAUUCAGUUGUUUCCUAAAUGUGUUCAUGUUUUUGCCUUCCAUUCCUGAGAGUCUAUUUUCAUGAGUUGAGGUACUUCCUAAUCACAGUCUCACAUUUACCUUUACAAAACUGAAUCCUACUCUGUCGUCAGCUUGAAGUAAUUUUUCAAGUUGAUGAGUUCUUGCUGACCUCAGUGCUCCUAUUCCACGGUGCAUGCAUGUGAGCUUCUUGGGUGUAUGUUGGUAAAAUAGUAAGAUGAUAAACAGCGAGAGUAUGUUUUGAUUGUGUGUGUAUUUUAUAGUUCUUUGGUUAUCUGCUAAAAUAGUGAAACACCAGCAACAUUGCAUGGACAGUGGAGUGUCAGUGUGGUAGACAGGAACAAGGAAGAAUGUGCUGAGUUACCGGGAGAAGGCUGGGGAAAUAGGUGAAUUGCUUAUUCAGAGAGCCAGCAGAGAUACAAUGGUCUGAAUGGAUACCACCUGUGCUGUGACAAUUCUGAGAGCAACUGGAGAAAGGGAAAGUCAGGGGAGGAUGGGUCUGGCAGGCAUACAGGUCAAGCGUUGAAUGAAGCAACAUUCUCAGUAACAAGUCAGAUGAAGUUGAAACACUGUUCUUAAUGACUGGCCAAAACCCAGAAGCUGCUCAAUGAUGUUUGGCACCUGCAGAACUCCAAACUUUGAAAGAAUGCUGUAUAAGAGUUUUUCUAUUAAAAUUACUACAUGUGGCUAAAA